AUGGAGAUCGCUAAUUUUACAGGUCACUAUCGGCUGCAGUUGGAAUGCAUGCACAUUUUGCGAAAUGUACCAAUCAAAAGAUUUCAAGCAAAACACAUAAAUGAUAUUAUUGAAGAAUUAGACCAAUUAGUUGCUGCUGGUGGGGCUCCCCAUGUGAGAGAUGUCUUCCUUGCGGAUGGUGAUGCCAUGACACUCCCAACUGGCAAACUCGAAGCCAUCCUGGAUGCCAUCAACGACCGCCUUCCGAAAGUUAGACGAGUCUCUUCCUAUUGCCUCCCUCGCAAUGUUCGGGGCAAGUCAGUAGAAGCUUUGUCGAGGCUGCGAUCAAAAGGUUUGGCCCUCGUCUAUGUUGGUUGCGAAAGUGGCGACGAUGCAGUGCUCUCUGCAGUGAAAAAAGGCGAGACUGCUGCAACAUCACUAGAAGCAUUGGAGAAGCUAAAGGAAGCUGGAAUAAAACGCUCGAUAAUGAUUCUUCUUGGACUUGGUGGGAAAGAGCACAGCACAAAUCACGCUAUAAAUUCAGCAGAUCUCUGUAGUCAAGCGAAACCAGAAUACCUCUCAGUUCUCACAACCUCGUUUCCAAGAGGGAAGAGUCGGGUGGAACAGGGAUAUAAAGAAAAUAUUGAAUCAACCAUUGCAUUUGAGGAACUAAACGCUAGAGAGUCUUUGGAGGAAUUAAAAAUCUUUAUGGAAACCUUGGAUAUUCCUCAGGGCGAAAAAACAAUUUUCAGAUCUGAUCAUGCUUCAAACUAUCUCGUCCUCAAGGGGAGAUUAGGACGUGACAAAGAAAGGCUGACUGCUGAACUCCAACGCGUUUUGGACGCCCCGCCGUCCGAUGACAGUAUCAAUUUGCGACCGGAGUGGGCAAGAGGACUGUGA